GGAUCCUUCGCCUAUUUGUAUUUCAGCCUAAUAUGAUUCCGGUUCAAUGUUCCUGGUGCCCCUCAUCUCCCCAAGGUACUGACCAAGGUUUCCCUAUAGUGGGGAUCAUAUUUUAGCCAUAGCCACGUUUUUUCUGUUUGUUUUGUUUGUUUUUUGAUGUCCUUUCUUUUUGUUCCAUCAAUUCUCAAGAUGUUGUCUCGGAUUAGUCAUCUAGUUAUUCUAGCUUUAUUUACUACAUGUUUCUCUGGAAUUGACGCCAAACGCUCGAAAGAUAAUAAGCAGAAAUGGAUUCCAACAUGGGGAAGUAUGCCCCAGCUCACGGAGCCUCAGAACUUACCCCCGACACCCUUUGUAAGAUUUCUUUCCUUUCUAUAUCUGCUUUAUUCUCACACUUCUUAGAAUGAAACAGAACGGGUGUUCUUUAAUUCCACCAUACGGCAGACCAUCAGGACUUCCAUCGGAGGAUCGCAGAUCCGACUGCGUUUUUCGAAUGCGUUUGGACCUGAGGAUCUACUCAUCUCAGAUGUGACAGUUGCUCUUUCCCGAGAUGGAAAUUCGGGCAGUAAUUCAAUUCAAAGGGAUACUUCGCGGGAUGUCAUGUUUAGUGGGCAGUCAAGUUAUACAGUUCCUCAAGGUGCUCUUGUAGUUUCGGAUCCAAUUCAGUUUCAAGUUGCGCCUCUCGCGAUUUUGACUGUUACUAUGUAUCUUAAACGUGGGCAAUGGGGCCACUCAAUUACUUCGCAUCCGGGAAGUCGAACGACGAGCUGGAUUGCAUUUGGGAAUCAGGUUUCUGAGGCUGAAUUGGGGGGAGAAUCUCUUCAGAAAGUUGAUCAUUGGUAUUUUCUCCAUCAUCGCUCACAGCAGUCUAUUAGGUAACAUCUAACCGAAAAACACAGGUAUUUUCUCUCCAAUGUAGAAGUUCUGGCUCCUCGCGAUUCCAAAGCCUUCAUGAUAGUCGGCGACAGCAUAACCGACGGCCGGGGAUCAGAAACCAACAAAAACAACCGCUGGCCCGAUCUGCUUCUCAACCGUCUCCAGAAAAACGACGCAACCUCAAACAUAGCAGUCAUCAAUCAAGCAGCAGGCGGAAACCGAAUCUUGAAUGAUGGAUUAGGACCCAAUGUCUUGUCCCGUCUUGACCGAGAUGUCCUCUCGCAAGCAGGGGUCAAAUACGCCAUGACUUUCGAGGGCGUAAAUGAUAUCGGCACGGCUGAUGUUGACCCUGUUACGCAAGAAGGUGUCGGGAAUCGCAUUAUUUCUGCGUAUGAACAGUUUGCUACGAGAUUGGAGGCUUUUGAUAUUAGGCUUUUUGCUGCUACUAUUACGCCUUUUUCUGCGCCGGCGAAUUUUACGGGGCAGCCGUAUAGUCAUCCAGAGAGGGAGAAGACCAGACAGAGGGUUAAUAAGUGGGUUCGUGAGAGUGAGUUAUACUUCAAAUUCCAGGGGAGGACUGAGCACUGAAUUGAGAAGCGGAUUCAAAGAGGAGGCGCUAACAGUUUCCAGGUGAUGUUUUUGAUGAAGUGAUAGAUUUCGAUAGGUUUAUUAGUGAUGAGAAGGUUCGAUCGCAGUUGAGUGAUGUGUAUGACUCUGGGGACUAUUUGCAUCCUAAUGUGGUGGGUUAUCAGAAGUUGGCGGAUGAAUUUCCGUUGGACAUCUUUAAGAGAUAGGCCUGUAAGAUCUUGCACGUAAAUCAUGGCUGGGUCCAUGCAGUUUUGUUGUCUUGUUGGAAGUUCAGCCCCGAGUUACCCAUACCUUGUUUCAUCAUUCUCUACACCACUCACUGGUGUUUUCACAAGGUCGGAUGUCAGUCAUGUGUAUGGAUUGGUUAAUAACCCAUGGCUAUCAAUAACUGUACUCCGCCAAUCAGUGGGCAAAGAUAAUAGCCUGUAUAAUAACAACACACAGACCCCACUUUAUGUUAGAGUUUGCCAGUGAAUAUUUACUUUUUGGUUAGGUGUGGUGGGCGAUUUCAUUGGGCUAUUGAUUAAUGAGCCAC